CGGGACAACAGGCGUGUGAAGAUUAGGAGCUCGUUAGAUCCGCGAAUCUAAAUUAAUCCGCCGGAUGCCAGUAUUUACUGAAUCCAGGAUUUUAGGCAAAACGGAAGAGGAACGGGACUUAAGAUUCUGUAGGUUUUAAGUUGCCAUUUUUGCUGUUUCGCAGGGUUUUGGUUAAAUCCUGCUUGUACUCUACUCCGAUUCUGCUACCAAACAGUCUCUAGGAUUUCUACUCCAAUAUCGGAUUCCAGUGAUCAAUGGAAUCUGACAACGAGGAUUUUGUCUUUUACGGGACGCCAAUCGAGCGGGAGGAGGACACCUCGGUUCGCAAGAGGAGGGCAAUUGCUGGUGCGGGCAACCUCAGAAGCCUUCCUGCGUGGAAACAAGAGGUGACAGAUGAAGAAGGCCGUAGACGCUUUCAUGGAGCCUUUACGGGGGGUUUCUCUGCUGGCUAUUACAAUACUGUUGGUUCGAAAGAUGGGUGGAGGCCACAGACAUUUACAUCUUCAAGAAAAAAUAGAGCGGAAGUGAAUAAACAAAGUAUCUAUAACUUUCUUGAUGAUGAAGAUAUCAAGGAUAUGGGAGGGCAAUCAUUGGAGACAUCUCUAAAGUUUGAUACCUUUGGAUUUACUGCAGCAGAACUUGCUCGUAAGCAGGCAGAGAUGGAACAAAAGGACAGGCCUUCAAUAAUUCCUGGUCCUGUUCCAUAUGAAAUAGUUGCCCCUGCAUCAAGUUCUAUAGGAGUCAAGCUGUUGUUAAAAAUGGGAUGGCGACGUGGCCAUUCAAUCAAGGAGACUCGAGCUAGUUCCCUGCAUGAUGCCAGGAGGGAAGCCAGAAAGGCUUUAUUUGCUUUUUCUGGUAAUGAUCAAGGAAAAAACCUCUCACAUACCAAAUCCAGUCAGCAUGAUAUGGGAGAUUCCUUCGUAAAGGAAAAUGAUGAUUUCUUUUCACCCCGAAGUCCUCAUGCGUAUGUUGUCAAUCCGAAGCAGGAUUUAUAUGGCUUGGGCUAUGAUCCUUUUGAGCAUGCUCCUGAAUUUAAAGAGAGGAAAAUGUUGCAUGAAUCCCGAGAUAAUCGAGGUGUCAAACGAGAUGUUUUAAUGAAGGGAAAUCAUUUGGCGCCAGACUGUAAUAUGAUCUUAGAUUCCAUUAAAAAUUUUCAUUUCCUUUUGAUUUUGGACUUAAACUUUCAUUCAAUCAUCAGCAGGCCUGGCUUUGGGAUUGGGGCAUUAGAGGAGCUUGACAUUGAUGAUGAGGACAUUUAUGCUUCUGGUUUUGGACUAUUAAUGAAUGAAGUAGAAGAAGAUCAACCUUCAAAACUAAUUGGAGAUGAUAAGCUCAUGCUGGAAAACACUAAGGGAGGUCUACCUAGUUUUAAAAUUGCAUCAAGCUCUGACUACAGUUUAGAACGAUUUCAGCCUCCUGUCAUUCCGCCCGACUUUGAGCCUUAUCACAAGUUUGCGUCUCCUCUUGAAACUAUUGAAAAGUUUUUGGAGCCACCUCCUCCAGAAGUCCCUGCACCAGAAGAUGACAAUUCAAGAUUAUUGAUUGAUGGGUUUGCAAAUCUGGUUGCUCGCUGUGGCAAACUAUUUGAAGAUCUUUCCAAAGAAAAAAAUAGAUCGAAUCCAAUGUUUUCAUUUCUUAAUGGCGGGAGUGGUUAUGAUUACUAUGCAAGGAAAUUGUGGGAGGCAAAGCGUAGGCUGGCGGAUCAGGAAAAACAAGCAGGCGUGGAAUAUGUUGUAUCCGUACAGAUGUCUGCUGACAACCGUGGAAAAGUACUGGGUGAAAGACCACUAGAAAGGAGUUCAAAUGAAUCUUUAAAAUCUGCAACGCGGACUGCAGUUGUCCACUUUCAAUCCAACCUCUCUGAUACAUUCACAAAAUCUUCAGCACUUGUUGGAUCAUCAGAAUGUGCUAAGACUUUCAAAGAGGAUCCUGCAAAACAAGAGAGGUUUGAGCUAUUUCUUAAAGAGAAGUACCAAGGAGGCCUUCGUUCAACAUCUUAUAGUGGCAGUGAUAAGUUCUCAGAAGUGGAGCGAGCUCGUGAGAGAUUGGAUUUUGAGGCUGCAGCUGAGGCAUUAACAAAAGCAAAACAGAACACUGAAGAUUGUCUGCAAACCAACCAGCAGUCUAUUGAUUUUUCCAAAACUGGAGAUGAACAUUUUAUGUCAUUAGGUGGACUGGCACAUCGAUGUUCUCAAGAUGAAGAGAUGCUGACAAAUAACAUUUUACCCAAGAGGGAAGAAUUCCAGUGGCGGCCUUCACUCCUAUUGUGCAAGCGCUUUGAUAUUGUUGAUCCAUUCAUGGGCAAGCCACCUCCGGCACCAAGGCCAAGAAGCAAAAUGGAUGCUCUAGUAUUCAUGACAGACUCCAUUAUUGAAGCUAAGAAUGAAGGAAUCAGCUCCGCAAAUAGCAAUUCUUCUUUUGUUGCAGCGAAUAAAGAAUCUUUGGCUUCUGCCCCAGUAGAAAGACAGGAAGAACAUGAACUAAUGGCACAGCAACGUGAUACUGAUCUGAGCACAAGUGUGCAGAGGCCUGUUGAUCUAUACAAGGCCAUAUUUUCUGAUGAUUCUGAUGAUGAAGAUGAUUUGGGUUUCAAUUCAAUGGUUGAAAUGGAGAAGAGGUCUGAAGGGGCAAACACAACUUUGAAUCGCAUUAUUGCAGGAGAUUUCCUUGAGUCCUUAGGUAAGGAGCUGGGAUUGGAGGUUCCAACAGGUCCUUCGCUCUUGGACAAAGCAAAUUCCGCCUGUUUAACCUUACCAAGAAAGAGCAAUCUCACUCCAGCUUUUGAAGCAUCAACUUCUGUCAUGAAUAACAUGGAAGUUAGAAUUCAUGAAUCUAGGAUACCUGAAACUACAGGAAUCAAUGCAGGUCCAAACAAAUCAUGGAAAUCCAAAGACACCGAGUCUGUCUAUUAUGAAGACAGAAGGCAUAAUGAUUCUUGCUCUUGGAAGGAAAAUAUGAUCACUAUUUCCAAAACUGGAGCUGACGGCGCUCUUUCUAGUCAUGAAAAAAAAAAAGAACAAAAUAGAAAACAUCGGAGCAGGUCACAGCGUCAACAGAGUAGUUCAGAUUCUGAUUCUUCAAAUAGUCGCGGAUAUCAUAAUCGUCCCAGAUCAGAAAAGAAGACUUCAUUAAAGAGAAAACAUACAAGGCAUACAAGAAACUACAAGCACAAAAGCAGCAGAUCUCGAGGUAGAUAUUCUGAUGAUGAAAGUGUUUCUGAUCUCUCAGAUAUUGGAAGAAGGGAUCGUAAAUCAAGAGAUCGGAGAGGACACUCUGAUCAUUCAAAAUCUGAUGGUGGCAGCAAGCACCAUUGAUUGUUUAUUGAGGUUUGAAUUCUAAUUUAAGCAUUUGAGAAUGCAUAGUUGAAUGCCUCCUUAAGAUAAAAUUUUGUAUUUAGUAUCUGUCAUAGAAUGAAUCCCUAUUAGAUAUAUGUCUUUAUUUUCUUAAAUUUUCAAUGUUUCUAGAGUUUAGGGUGUAUUAUCCUGCUAGUUUAUGAAAUGAUGGGUUAUUGUCA